AUGAGUCAAACAACACCAGCAGGUAUUGCGGCAGCCAUUACAGCAGCUCGCACUUCUCCAUCAUUGCAAAUUGCUCUGAUUGAACCGUCUGCCAACAUUGGCGGCAUGAGUGCAGCCGGUGGAAUUGGUCUUAGGGAUUUGGGUUUGGAAGAGACAAUUAUUGGAACAGUUGCCUUCGACUGGGUUCAAAACAACGCCAAAUAUUAUAAUGGUACAAAGACAAAAGUGUAUCAACCAGAUAUGAAUAUUAGUCAACAAAGUUUUUUGGAUUUAUUAACACAAUAUAAAAACAUUGAAUUAGUUACUUCAAUCGGUCCAAUUCUACGUCCAAGUCUUGUAAUGAAUGGUUCACGUAUCAUUAGUCUUGGGACAUGGACGGCAUCCGUGUGGAUUGACGCUAGUUAUGAUGGGGAUUUAACACGUUUUACAGGUGCAACUUAUACGUAUGGUCGUGAAUCAGUAUCACAGUAUAAUGAGUCUUACGCUGGCGUCCGACCGUACACAUCGUUCGGUAAUUUCUUACCAAAUUAUCCUGUGAAUGCAACGUUAGAGAAUGGUACACUUGCACCAUACAUUUCUCCUGAUCAAUUAUUACCGGUGGGCAAUGCUGAUGACAAUAUGAUGGGCUAUUCUUAUCGUUUAUGUCUAACGCCCACUCAGUCUAAACAAGCGCCGUUUCCUAAACCAUCCAAUUAUAAUGAGACGAAUUUUGUUAUAUUACAACGAUACAUUGAUUCAUUAAUAGCUACGGGAAAAUAUCCGAAUGGACCACCGUUUGAAACACUUGUCGAUGUCUUUUCUUAUCGUAAUUAUCCAAAUGGUGACAAAUUUGAUAUGUGUGACAGUGCUACAAGUGGAUUUACAAGUGAUGCAAUCAAUUUGAACAAAGGUUAUGUUAUGAAGACUGCUGAAGAAAGAAAAGAGAUUGAACAGAUCACGUAUGAUUAUGUGAUGGGGCUAAUAUGGUAUAUAUUAACAUCAUCAUUGGUCCCCGAACAUACACGCACAACAUUACAACGAUAUGGAUUGUGCAAUGAUCAAUGGAACGAUAAUAAUCAUAUACCUCCCCAAAUGUAUGUCCGUGAAGGUUUGAGACUUGUCAAUGAUCAUGUAUUUACACAAAAUCAUAUUGUCAGUGGACAAUGUUAUGAGGAUUCUGUAGCAUUGGGAAGCUGGGGUUACGAUAUUCAUGUUGUUACUCGUACAGCUAACUUAUCACACGUAAAUAAUGAAGGACAACUGGUAGCUAAAAUAGCAAAAUUACCCAAUAGUAAAAGUGGACCCGUAUUUGAAAUUCCUUAUACGAUUAUGGUGCCUUCUCAUAAUCAAGUAACAAAUCUAUUAGUGCCUGUUUGUCAUGCCGCUACACAUGUGGCCUAUUCAGCCACACGUGUUGAACCACAUUUUAUGCAAUUAGGCGGAGCGGCUGGGUAUGCUGCCGCCUGGUCUGUGUUAACUGGAAAUGUCGAUGUACAAAAAGUUGAUCAAGAGAUAGUUCCAUCUAAGCCUUGCUUAACUGUCAAUCAUACUAUACCAAAAUUUACAUCAGUGGAUGCAUUUUGUAUAAUCUCCGGUAUAUCAUUUUUACCUGGCUGUCAUUUUCAAAAGCAACUACAAAAAAAUGUAGUUAAUGAAUUGAAACGAAUAUUCAAAGCAUAUAAUGAAUCAAAAUUAUCAAUACAAGAAUUUAUUAAAAAUGAAAUGAAAAAUAAUCAAGUCAAAUGUACAUUAAUUCAAACAUUUGGUCCAAAGGCAGCUGAUGUUGUAUUUGAUUUAGUUAAUAAAGCAAAAAGUGUGCAAUUACAACGAAUGAUUAGUAUGUCGAAUAAUAAUAAUAAAUCUAUUCAACAUAUGCCUGGUAAAAAACAAUUGAAAAUGGCUAGCAUUGUACGCAAGGUUAUUAACAUGAGUUCAUCUGCCGGGUAA